UCUUCUCCAAUAAAUUAUUCUCUCUACUAUCAUAACUUCAUCCAAAAAAGUUAUUUUUCUUAGACAAAAGAUAUCGUUCUGAGGUAAAAAUUUUCAUUCAAUCGCAGAUUUUGUGUCCUUAGCUGAAGCUAAUUGAAUAAAAUCAUGAGAAGAAAUUGUAAUUUGGAACUCAGUCUUAUGCCUCCUUCUCCUAACAACUUUUCAAUGGAGGAUCAAGAAUUAAAGAAUAAGCAAUCACAGCAGCUAACAAUAUUUUACAAUGGAAAAUUUGUGGUUUCUGAUAUUACUGAGCUUCAGGCUAAAGCUAUAAUAUAUCUUGCAAGUAAAGAAAUGAAGGAGAAAACAAACCAGACGUCAUCACCAAUCUCUGAGCCGUCAUCACCAUUAUUACAACCUGAAACUGAUCUAUUCAUGAAGAAAUCUCUACAAAGAUUUCUACAAAAAAGAAAAAAUAGAAUUCAAACAGCUUCGCCAUAUCAUCAGUAGCUGCUAUACUGAUGGAAUUCGGCUACAUUUAGUUCCACAUGUACAUAUGUUUUAUAUUUUGGUGUUACAAAUACAUUUUUUUUUUAUUUUACGUGAGAGCUAGAAAUAAAAAAACUGGAUAGGUGGAUUUUUGUAAUCACGCACAACACUUGUGUAUCACUUAUUUUACAGAUUUGGCAAUACAAAAUUAAAUUUUCUCAUU